UGCAUUUCUGUGACGAUAACCGGAAAUAGGAAGUGGAGCAAUUCGGCCACUGUCAAAACAGAUUAGCUUCUCGAGUGUUGCGCAUCCUUUCUGCGACUGGGUUGCAUUUUGCUCUGGCGGAAAACGGCAUCGUGUUGAGGGCUGCUGAGAGAAUGCCGUUUUGCGGGAGGACUUCGUGGAGAAUUGUCGUAACUGCUGCGCUCGUGGCGCUGUUGCUGGAUGCUGCUGCUUUUGCAGACGCCAAGAGCUUUGAAGACGUUCGCUGCAAGUGCAUCUGCCCGCCUUACAGAAACAUCACUGGCCACAUUUACAACAGAAAUGUUUCCCAAAAAGAUUGCACCUGCCUCCAUGUUGUGGAUCCCAUGCCGGUGCCUGGCCAUGAUGUGGAGGCUUACUGCCUGCUCUGUGAGUGCAAGUACGAGGAGCGGAGCAGCAACACUAUCAAGGUGACGAUCAUCAUAUACCUAUCUGUUGUGGGGGCACUGAUGCUGUACAUGUUGUUCCUCCUGUUGGUGGAUCCUCUCAUCCGCAAGCACGACGCAUACACCCAGCCCCUGCACAAUGAGGACGACUCUGAGGAGAUGCGUCCACGGGUAGGCAGCAGCCAGGCCAGAGGAAACACAGUGCUGGAGCGGGUCGAGGGGGCACAGCAACGCUGGAAGAAGCAAGUCCAGGAACAGCGCAAGACUGUGUUUGACCGCCACAAGCUGCUUAGUUGAACGUAGAGUCGACCAUUCAGAACCCAGGUUGAGAGCGGGUAUUUCCUCUGCCAUCAGCUGCACUUUCUUUAUUGCUCUUCACUGUCACAAUUUCACAAAAUGGAGUUCCGUGGCUUGACCCAAAAAUAUACUGUAACUACUAGUGUAACGCUGAUGAUCGCGAUGCUUCUCCCUACUUAUCUUUUGGGUUCCUUGUCAAUAAUAUACCAAUAAUAAUCUACCCGUGGUUAACCAACUACUGAAUGUGCAUUAGAAUAACCGCCCCCCCCCCCAAAAAAAUUGUAUUUGACCCCACAAAAAAGGUUUAUAAUUUGCCUACAUUAAUGGAUUAAACCAUAAAUGUAUGUGUUCAAAAUUUGUUUGGCAGAUGAAGGGCAAAAAUGUUGUAUUCCAUGAACCUCCAUGUCCAACUUGCCAAGCUGUGCCAAUACAUUAAUUGCAUACAUUUAUUGUGUUCCAAUAAUACUUAGGUAAAAUGUCAUUUCAUAAUGUGGUCCCAUGUGGUUGAAAAGCAAAGUGAGGAGAGUCUCUGUCACCCAAAUGCCUAAGUGGAGUCUACGAUAAUUGCCGACAACCGUGUAAUAACCACACUCUUUGAAUCUCAUCCCUUAAUCAGCAGAUUAAUGUGCUUAAUGUGUAAUGUUAAUGGCAAUACAAACUAAAACUUGCAUUGGCACGCAAACAGUAAUCAUUACGUCUGCCUCAAAUUUACAAUCAAAACGUCAAUCUAAUGACUCACUCCACAUGAAAAAGAAAAAAAAGAUUGAUUUAAAGUGAUCAGAGCAUAUCCUUGUAUGUUGUGAUUGUGAAACGCGGUCAUGUCGAAGAUUGGGUUGUGCUGGUCUUCUUUCAUAGAGUUGCUUCAUUUUUCUUCCCUGGUUUAAAACUAAAUUGUUGCCGUAAUCAGAAAGAAUGAUUUCUUCCCUCUAGUUGAUGGAUGAGAGCAACUCUAAACAGCACAGAUGUUCACCAUGGUUGUGAGCACAAAAUGGACAUGGCGACUAUAUUUCAUUCAUUUCACUCCCUUAACCGGUUGCUCUAACGUGGCUGCACAAGGGUAGGGAAACUCUGGUUCCUCGAGAACCAUAUCCUGCCUGUUUUAGAUCCCUCCCUACUCCAAAAAACCUUAUUCAAAUGCUCAGUUGUAUUAGCCAUGGCUUCGGCGCCCUCUUGUGGCAUUUUAGGGUGCUGUAGAAAGCAAUAGUUGGGUAUUUUUUAGCGCCAAGUGGAGGAAAAAUUCCCCAUGAAAAAAAAUAAUAAAUAAUUGAUUAUGUGAGAUGCGGCUUUCGACCGUACGCUGAUGCACUUCCCUCAUUUGCAACUGGACCAAUCACAGAAUUAUUGCAAGCGUUUGCUACGAAACAUAAGCUCAACCAUUUUACCUCCUAAUGUGAUGCCCAGUCACUUAGUUUUCAUCAUUUAAUUUGUCAUGAUUGUUUUCUGACAUAUAUAUGACUAAUUUGAAUGUUCUUGCUGUUAUUUUGUAUUUAUAUUGAUUUGUCUGUGUAUUUGUCUCAAUGCAAAAUAAGAAAUCACUGGUUAAGAAGUAA